AUGUUUUCGUUUCCUGUUUACGUGAUAACCACAAACGUAGAAGCUGUGGCCGGAAUGGUGGCGUAUUUACCUUGCAACAUGACUCCACCGACGGCAACUGAUCGUGUUACGUUGGUCAUCUGGUUCAAACAAGGAGAGACCAAUCCGAUAUACAGCUACGACGUGAGACAUGGUGGGCCUUUGAUGCCUGCAGUGGCACCCUCCUCCAAAACGCCAGACGGGCCACUGCAAAAGUCCAUCGUAGUUACGGGCCCUCAUCGUUCUGACGAUAAGACUUUGGACGGCCGAGCAUACUUUCGCGUUACCUCAAAACCGGCAGCACUUAUCGUGCAGGACAUAGGGGACAAGGACGCAGCCAUGUACAAGUGUCGGGUGGAUUUCAAAAAAUCACCCACUCGAAAUUCCAAUGUCAAUUUGACCGUCAUACUGCCCCCGGACCGGCUGAGCGUGCUGAACGAAAAAGGCGAUCACAUACCGCAUUACAUACUCGGGCCUUACAAGGAAGGUGUGACGGUCGAUAUCACGUGCAUCGCAAGCGGAGGACGUCCGCCACCCCGUGUCACCUGGUGGCAAGAGAACGCGCUGAUCGAUGAGACGUUUGAAACUCUACCGGACCGGAAGGUGAGAAACGUGUUGCGACUAGAACGACUUGAACGCCGCCACCUCAACACCGUUUUCACUUGUCAAGCAUCCAACAAUCACAUGGUGCCACCAAUAUCCAGCUCCGUCUCGUUGGACAUGAUACGUGAGUACAUGCACAAUAUUAUGUAUUGUAAUACAAAGUUAUACCAGCAGUGGGUAGCUUUGGUCGAGUGGCCAAUGGAUUCGACAAAUUCCAGAUCGUACUAA